AUCUGGUGUCGGUGUGUGCUAGUCAGAGCCAGCUUCAUUUUCUUUGCACCCAUUCACUGAGCUGUGAAUGCGUAAUAUUAUCAGAUCCACACUGGAUGACUGGAUGAUGGGCGUUCUCAGCAGUGAUUACAGAUACUCGGAACUUCUCUGGACUUCCUUUAUACCACUGUCCAGUGGGGGUUUUUAGGGCUUUAUCCUUCCUUCACAUUCACUGAUUAUGAGUCAGGUCUUCAGCAGCCACAUGGAGCCUUCACUCACCAGUGGAUUCGGGGCUGAUUUAAAUAGACAUUAUCCCUGCGGUUAUGGAGGAACCAUACCUGGGAGUAUCACCAAUCAACGCUGUAACAGCAGUGAUGGCAGAAACAAAAGUCAUGUUCGACUUAAUGACCAACUAAUACCAAAACCAACGGACAUAAAUAUAGCGGAGAAAAUGAUAAAGAUUGCCAUCCCAAAAGAGCAUCCCUAUUCAUCGCACAUCUCUCGUUUUGCAAUGUUCCCAUCCUUCCACUCACCAGAUGACCCACAUACAGGCGUCAGAGCUGCGUCUCAAUCUUUCCUCAACCUCAGUAUCCCAAAUAGUGCACCUGAUAUCACUCUGCUAAGCAAAACUAAAGGUGCUCCAUAUAGACUUGAGAGCUUAGAAACACCACUGAAAACAAGGAAGAAGGCUGUUAUGUGGACAGGAGAACAUGGCUUUUUUGAUCAUGCAAAACCAGCAAAGGGAGAGAGCCAGGUUUUCUACCCCACUCCCCCAAAGAUGGUGCUGCCCAACCUGAAACUUCGAGACUGGGAUUUGACGCUAUCGGAGAGGACAAGCAACAUCCUGAAAAACAUGGAGAAGACCCUUUGGGUCACUUCCUACCAAAUGCACUACACAGGAUCAGGGCCAGCAAAUCCUUUUAUGACAGAUGAUUUCAAGGAAAAAAUGACUAACUUUGCUGGGAUUAAUUCACACACGUCAAACCUGCAAGAAAGGUCGCAUCCUGUGUUUGUUCCUUCUAAAGCAAGGCAAGGAUGUAGAAAAAGACUGGGGAGCAAUGUCAGGAGGAGCAGCUGCAGUCCCACUGCUGCUGAACUCCAAAAUACAUCUCCAACUCUAAACCAAAGCACUGCCUCGCCUGCUGUGAACCAACCACAAGAGAUCACAGCUAUGCGUAAUGAGGCACCAGAUCUGAACCAAAUGGGUCAUACUCAAUCAAAGUGCAGCACUAACUCCACAAAGGCACAGCAGACUGAGCUGUCCCAGGAGGUCUUACGCAAGCAGCAAGCUCAGUGCAAAUGCUCUGCGCAUAAGGGCAGAAAGAGGGAAAACUGCAAAGUCCAGUUUGACAAUGUCAUGCAAGGAUCCCCGUCACAGAGCAACCAAGAGGCUAAAACUGCCCAGAUCACAAACACAGAGCAACUCUGGGACCUGUCCAACCGCCUACAUCCCCAAGGAGGGAUAGAAGUCAACAGAGAGGAAAGCAUCUGUGUAAAGGAUGUGCUAAAUGACAAAAAACCUUUUAAAGUUGGAAGAAAUAUACCCAGCUGUAGUCCACUACUUGAAGACAAAGACCAGACGGGCAGGGAAUCACAUCCCAAAUUGUUACCAGGAGCAGAGGACAGAGAGCGGCUACAUGGCAACUCUAAUCCGUGCAUCAUGCCACGCUCUCCUGUCCUGCCAGGCAGUUCUUCCAUUGGGACUGUGGGUAAAUCAGGUGCAGCCCUGACCCUAUUAGACCUUCAACAUUCAUUCAGCAAGUCAGAGGCUCAUCGCAAGUUCAACAGCUCCAUCACUCAUGCCGCUGUGAACCUUAGAGACAACGUAGUCUGUGGGAAAAAACACAACUUCUAUGGGAUUAACUGCUACUACAUCCAUGGAUGACCUUCCAUCCAGCCAUUUUUCCCACUUACCCAAUUCAGAAUUGCAAGGAUGGAUGGAGUUGUUCCCAGCUGUCAGAGGAGAAAUGGCAUGGUACACCCUGGACAGUUUACCACUCUCACAUUUACACCUACAGACAAUUAACCUAACCACAUACACGUUUUUGGACUGUGGGAGGAAGCCUGAGGACGGGGAGAGCAUACAAACUCCACACAGGAAGGCCCUGUCCAGCUGGUGGAUUGAAACCCAGGGCCUUUGUGCUGUGAGGCAACAGUACUAACCACUGCAGCUCCCAUAUGGCCUUAUAAACAUAAUUGUAACAUCUCAGUAAAGCAAUAGCAGUUCUAAUAACCUGAAUCCUGAAAGUAACUUAGUAUUAAAAUUUAAAUGACUGCAUGUAUUUAACAUUACUUAAGUGUGACUUUUCAUAACCAAAGAUGCAGUGGACAGUUUUUCAGAAGCAUUAUUGCACCUAUAGAGCAAUUUAUCACAGGUUUCAAUAUAGGUUAUUGUUACAUAACACCCACAUUAAAGACUUCUUGGCACAACUAAAAAUGGACUUUCAUGGACUGACCAUAAGGAAUACAGCCUAUUUUGUGCAAUCCCUCAUAUGACUAUAGUCACAUUUAAAGUUUCUCUGUAAUUGUAUAAGAAUGCAAUUUGUUUUUCUUUCAGACUGAAGCUAAUUAGAAUAAACAUAUUACUGCGAGCACAGUAAGUGUUUCAUCCAUGUCGGAAGCAUUGUUAAUUUGCUCUUUAGCUUCAUACAUUUCAUUUGCAUUAGAGCUCAGGAUUUAUUUUACAGUACUGGUCUCUUACAAGCUGUGGCUAAUUGUAUCAAGUAAAAUAAAAGCAAAAGCCUUCAAAGCUCACUUCAGUGAGUUCAGCCAGCCUGCACAGUGCACACAGAAGCAAUUCAGCUGUACCAGAUUCAUAAUGCUGCACAGAUGAAUACUUUAGUCUUCCCUGUAACCUUUCCAAUUUUGCAGAGAGAGAGAGAGAAAAAUACGAGGCUGAUUUUUCCAGCAAAUGUAACACAGAGUGCAGCACAGAGCAUUGUGCUGCCUGUGUUAUGGAAUCCAACUCUGUGUAUUAUAGGUGCCGCAGUAACCUUCCAGCGUGCCACUGUGAAAGGAAAAAAAAGGCUCUUUUGCACAAAAUCUGUUGCAGUCAGGCUGACUUGUGUGAAAUGAUUUUUUUUAUGACAGUAUGUCCUUGAGGUGCAAGCCUGCAGCCUUCACUGAUACAACAGCGUCUCAUUCAGACUUUCACUGAAAAAGAAUAAUGGCUCACAAAGCAAAGUAGACACGCACAGUUUGCUGUUUAAUAAUGGAGACAAUAUCAGUUUGUCGACGGGAUGGAAAUAAAAAUGAUAUGGCUUUUGUUGAGUUCUGUUUCUGUCUGCUGUCAUAAUUAUGCAAUAAGUCUAUACUUAAAUCACGUGAAAUGAAUUAAAUGUAUAGAAAAACGUACCUAUUUACUCAACUGUUGUAUGUUUGCAUUUUAAUCUGUUUGCAGACGCUUUGACUGUUUAACAGCACAGAUGUGAUUCAGCA